AUGGCUUCUUCCACAGAUAUUAGUAUUUGUUUGAUUUCUCUUUUCACCUUCACAUUCUUCCUCCAUGCAUCCGUUGCAGCUGACCAACUCGGCUAUUCUUGCAUCAACCAACUGAAUUUCACGGUGGGAGAUCCCUAUGAACUCAACCUCAACAAACUCACAGGCCUUAUCGACUACCUAACUCAGCCCUCAGGCUAUGCUCAGGCUUCUGUAGGCGACACAUACGGGCUUGGCUUAUGUCGAGGGGACGUCUCCUCCUUUGACUGUCUGACAUGCAUUACGAAAGCUGGUAUUGAGGCCCGGAAGCUUUGUUCAGGAAACAAAGGGGCUGUUAUAUGGUACGACUAUUGCAUGUUCAAGUACCUCGACCAAAAUUUCUUUGGUCAGAUCGAUACAAGCAUUACGGUUCUGCUUGCCAAUGUCAACAAUGCAACUAAUCAGACGCUGUUUAAGCAGAUGAACAGUGAGCUAUUGAACGUGUUAUCAGCACAGGCUUCGGUUAGCUUAGAACGAUACGCGGGAGGUGAGAUAGCCGUUGAUGGGUACACUACGAUUCACGGGUUAACUCAAUGUACAAGAGAUCUUUCAAGCUAUGACUGUAAGAUGUGCCUUGAUAGCCAGAUUAAUGGCAGUGCACCCCUGGAAAAGAUAGGAGGGAGAAUUCUUGGAGGGAGUUGUAAUGUGAUGUGGGAGAUUAAAUCUUGA